AUGUCUGCGCAUAUCCUCCAUUCAGCUGACUCGUCUCCCUUUUCGACCCUCGCUCCCGAGCCGAUCGUCACCAUCGCCGGCUUUCUUGAAAGUCAAGGACAGAUUUAUAACUUCUCGCGAGUGUCUCGUCGCCUCUACAGCAUAUUGAAUCCGUAUCUGUACCGGUACAACGUGCUACAUGGGCGCGCUUCCGCCUUUGCGUGGGCCGUUCGAAACGGCAAAGAACCGACUGCCCGAAAAUCAUUGAAGGCUGGUAUUAAACCAUCCGCGUUCGGGGCGGCUAUCGCUGCUUGGAAAGGUUAUGAUCAUAUUUUGAAGCUCCUGUGCGAACACGGGUUGGACUUCAAUUUGGAGGUGGAACGUGUCCCCAUCGAUUGGAGCAGGUCCCCUCUUUGCAGCACAGUCCUGGGAACUGCAGUCAAGCACGGACAUGCAUCCACCGUCCGUUUUCUCUUGGAGUCUGGGGCGAGAAUAGACGUUCAUAAUGCAUACGGCGACAGGCACUUUCUGCAUCUGGCGAGUUCUCGCGGCCACCUUGAGGUUGUGAAGGUCCUUGUUGACGCUGGCGCCGACGUCAACUUUGCAAAUCAUAAUUCUACCGCCCUCUCUGCGGCUGCAUAUAGAGGGGAUGUUGAUCUGGUAAAAUUCUUGCUCCAAAGAGGAGCCGAUCCUAACUGGGGGGACAGUACUUCCGAGCCUCUUAAGUUGGCUGCAUUAGAGAACCACGUGGAGGUCAUUCAGUGCUUGCUUACCCACGGUGCACGUACAAGCUUGGGACUGGUCCACGGUCCAUACUAUCGCUGUCAUGCAAACGUCGUUGAGGUCCUCCUGAGACAUAUGAACUACCCACAGGCCGCUAGGAAUAACUUUGAAGAGGAAGGCCAGGUCGCCCUUCUGGCCGCCAAAAACGGUUUGACCGACAUCCUCGCAGAGUUAAUUGACCAGGGUUGGGAUGUCAAUUCUUCGCCACUGCCGCAGACCUGGGGACAGCAAGUUUGCUAUGAUACGCCAUUAGCAUUGGCAGCAAAACAUGGCCAUGCAAGUAUUGUGCAACUCCUUUUAUCCCGUGGUGCGGACCCCGACGAAAGCCGAGGUGGUAAUCCAUUACGGCUCGCUGUUCAAGAGCACCGCGAGGACGUGGUCCAGCUCUUGCUGCAGAAUGGGGCCAGAGUGCUCGAUCCUGAUAGGAGUCACAUAUGUCCGGCGGCUAUCACUCACACUGUCAUUCGCAACCUCCUAGAAGACCACGGCGUUGAUCUAUUUGCUCCAGAUCUGGACAGUAUUCUCAUGGAUGGAGAUUUGCCGAAACUUCAGGCCAUGGUCGACAAAGGCCUGGACUUUACCAGGUUCAAUGAUCCCACUUUGAGUGCAAGAUGGUGUCUUUUUCCCUUCCAUGCUACUCUUGCAGACUGUCGGGCACCUAUCAUUCGAAAGGUAUUCCAGUUGGGCUUCAGCCCCCAACCCAGUGAGCACGAAUACAUAAUGGCGGCCGUUCUCAAAGGAAAUCGCGUACUCCUACGGCUUCUCAUAGAACGUGGCUUCGAUGUCUGUCAGGACAAGUUGCAAGGAGAGCUGCUUCAGUGGGCGGUAGUGCAAGAAAGUAAAUAUACUGCCGCCUCCACCGUUGACUUCCUUCUUCAGCAAGGCGUGGAUAUCAACGCACUUGGUUACUUUAACCGUACUGCAUUGAUGGAGGUCGUCGCAGACUACACAGACUAUCCCCCUCACGCCGCCAAGAUCCUGCUUGACCGAGGCGCGGACCCAUGCUUUGAGAACGAGGAUGGGGACUGUCCGCUAACUUUGAUCUUGAGCCAUGAGGUGCCGCGUCGCGCGGUGCCUCAGCUCCUCUCGUAUAUCGACAACUUUGGCACUCCCUUUAAUGUGGUCCAGCCGCAGCUUCUCCGCGCUCUUUCGAUUACCACGCAGCGUCAACACGAAUUGGCCUCGGAUACUCCAAGUUGGGUGCAUCUCCAGCGUUAUCUUACGCGGAGAUUAAAAGAGGCUAGGGAAAACGAGGAUAGGGCGUGA